AUGUUCGCAAUCUCAACUCAUAGACGUGAUCAACCCAAAACCUUUUCAAAUCAAUCCAAACUUCCUCGACUGCCUGUACCAGAUUUAGAGAAAAGCUUGGAAGGGUAUCUCAAAAGUCUAGGACCAAUCCUAGAACAAAGUUAUGACCCCUCUAAUCUGUCCAAUGAGGUAGAGAAGAGGAAACUAUUCGCCAAAGAUUUCGCUGCUCCAGGUGGAUUAGGUACGGUUCUCCAAGAAAGACUGAAAGAUUUGGACCACGUCUCGCCUAAUAAUUGGCUCAACGAUACCCUCUGGCUAAGUUUGGCAUAUCACACCUGGCGAGCGCCAUUACUGGUCAACUCAAAUUGGUGGUUAUUGUUCGCUCCAGAUCCAUCUGAUCCAUCCCCUCCUGUGCACUCUUCCUCCUCAUCCAGCAACAUCGUGUUACCCGAUUCAAAUCCAAAACAAGCGAUAGCGGCUGGAAGUCAAAGAGGAGGUCAAGAAUGGAUGGACAGUAAGAAAGGGAAGUUUGAUGGGCCUAUCAAAUGGGAAGAUGUCGUCACGAAAGAAUGGAUAAGUGAAUGGCAAAUCAAGAAAGCCGCUUGGAUAGCUAGAAGAUUCGCUGAAUUCAGAACAAAAUUGCUCAAAGAGGAGAUCUUGCCUGAUUCUUCACGAGCUGGUCCUUUUGAUAUGCAUCAAUACUCCAGGAUGUUCAAUCUUUCUAGAAUCCCCUUACCGAAUUGCGACGCCUUUUCAGUUGUAGACAAUAAGGCUACACAUAUCAUGUUGAUGAUAGAUGAUUACAUCUAUUCGGUUGACAUCUUUUCACCUCCGUCCGCAGAUGGUGUACCCGAACCUCUUCCCGCCGAUCAGGUUGCAACGAGAUUCAAAGCCGCUGUAGAUGACGCAAAAAGCCGUAAAGAUAAAGGGGAGAAAGCUGAUCAAGUAGGAGUGUUGACUGCCGAUGAGCGAGACGGCUGGACGAAGAAUCGAGAACACUUACUGCUUCUUUCACCUAAUAAUCGGACCACAUUCAACUCCAUCUCUUCCUCACUGAUAUGUCUUUCUUUGGAUCCCUAUACACUACCAUCUGUAUCUACGGAUGAUCCACUUCGGCUCCCUUCGGUCGAUGCUCAAGUGCGUAAUUCCGCUACAGGAAUAAGUGGCGCUAGGAAUAGGUGGUUCGAUAAAGCCGUCACUAUCAUGGUAGAGACGAAUGGUAGAGCAGGAAUCAUGGGUGAACAUUCACCUGUAGAUGCUUUGAUACCAUCCAUAGUGGGAGAAUACGUCUUGGCUUCACCAGUGGAUCGAUCUCUCACAUCCACUUGUUUGAAAUCUGCCAAAGAAGGGUGGUCGAGACAGGAUUGGGUGCUUGAUGAAGAGAUCCAGAAAGAGAUUGAAGGCUGUAAAGAAAGAAAUCAAAAAUUGAUAGAGGACAGUGAUGCGAGUCAAUUAUGGUGGAGUGAAUAUGGUGCAGAAUGGAUCAAAGCUGUCGCAAAACAAUCACCAGAUGCUUACGUACAGCAAGCGCUUCAGCUUGCAUGGUACAAAGAUCAAGGAUAUGCUACAGCUACUUAUGAGACAGCAUCUACUAGGAUGAUGUUACAUGGUCGAACGGAUGUUAUUCGAUCUCUGAGUAAUGAAAGUAGGAAAUUCGUCAAAGCAAUGUUAGAUCCCAAACUCGAUGAUAACAAACGAUAUUCCUUCUUAACUACAGCAUGUAAAGAACAUAAUUCGUUAACACGGCAGUCUUCCGCUGGAAAUGGGUACGAUCGUCAUUUGAUGGGAUUGAAGGUACAACUGAGAAAAGGAGAGACUCAUCCGUUAUUCGAAGAUGAAAUGUAUGCGAAAAGUCAAGAAUGGAAAUUAUCAACUUCUGGUCUGAGUGCAGGUGGGAAAUUUAUGGGUACAGGUUUCGGUGCUGCUUGGGCCGAUGGUUAUGGUAUAAAUUAUCUUGCUGGACCCAAUCUGGUCAAAUUUGGAAUUGAAUCCAAAUUCUCUUGUGACAAGACUUCGACACAAAGAUUCAAGCAUAAUAUCGUACAAUCGCUGAGAGAUAUGAGGAGAGUCUGUGAAGCUGCCAAUGGAGGGGACAUGAAGGCUAAAUUGUGA